AGUAUACACAUGACCUUUGGAAGAUGGACGGUGAUACGUACAUAGUUGAAUCGUGUGGUAUUACAAAACAAAAUGUUUUUAGAAUUCAUUUGAUGUUGCUGUUGGAAGUGAAGUUAAGGAAAAUGAUCACUUAUUUGAAAUUUUUUUGAUGAUGGUGUUAGUUUUGGGAACUGUUUUUAGCUGUAAUGGUUAUUGAUUUUUGAGUUCAUAAAAUUCCGUCUGGUAAUGCAAGUCGAAAAUGUGUUUAUGUAGGCUUAUUUGUGAAUCAUAUAUGUUCUAUAUUUGCUUUAUGACUUCACAUUUAUAGAAGAAUAGUUAAGAUUACAAACAGUUAAGAUCAAUGUGUUGUAUUGAUCUCAAAUAUUGAUGUUUUGGGAUAUUGCGCAUGAAAAAAUUCUGCCCUUGGGAUUAUGGCUAUCCUAUUUUCCACGGAUGUUGUAUGUGAAAUACUUAUUUAUGCGUAAAAACAUUUCUGCAGUGACUGAAGUGUCGCGGUUUUCUUUCCCAUAGUUAUUUUACUCUAUUUGUUGUACGUUUCAACAACAAAAUAAAACUGUCUUGUGAUGUCAAAACAUUUGCAUAGCCUUGAAGAAGAUCUGGUCAGGAGACGCAUUAAAAUUAUCGAUGCAGUUUCACCCCAGUCAGCAUUGUGCAUAGUUCAUGAUGUCUUCUGCGAAGAGUGCAUCGUUGGGAGGUGAGAAGGACUCUGACAAGAGUAAUGGAGGAGGAGGAGGAGGAGAAAUUGUGAAAAUGGGCUACCUUAGGAAACUGAAGACAAUGAGGAAGAAGUUUUUUGUGCUGCGUGGUGAUUGUUCUGAAUAUUCAUCGAGGCUGGAGUACUAUGACAGCGAAAAGAAAUGGAAAACACAUCAUGCACCAAAAAGGUGCAUAGUGCUGAAGAUGUGUUUCAACAUCAACCGUCGCCUCGACACGAAGCACAAGCACGUCAUAGCUCUGUACACGAAGGAUGACUGCUUCUGCCUGGUGUUGGAGACCGAGGAAGAGCUGGAAGACUGGCUGAAGGCUCUGCUCUCCCUCCAGCACGGGGAGGACGUCCCGGACGGAGCGCCGCCCAAGCCAGUGUUCGAGCACGUGUGGCAGGUGGUGGUCCAGAAGAGAGGCCUGGGGAACACUCGUAAUAUCUUGGGGCCCCACCACCUCUGCCUCACCGAGAAGACCCUCACGCUGGUUAAGAUGACUCAGGACGAGAAGCCGGAGACGUACGAGUUCUCGUUGAUGAGUAUUCGUCGCUGCGGGCACUCGGAGUGUUUCUUCUACAUGGAAGUUGGGAGGUCGUCGUGCACAGGGGCCGGUGAUCUGUGGAUGCAGACGGAAGAUCCUAUCAUAGCAGAGAACAUGCAUGAAGCUAUCCUCAGUACCAUGAAGACUAACAGUUCGAAGGAGGACCUGCCAUCUAGGACCAGAACUCGCUCGUCCUCAUCCAAUGAGAGCUCGAAGCCCAUCUCUGUGGUCCAGAGAAGGCAAACCCUCAGUGGGAUGGGGGUGAAGCCUACCGUGUAUGCUGCUUCAGACGACUCAACACGAAGCUCUCACCACUCAAACCAAGGCAGAACACAUGCACUUUACAGUGAGAGUCUUUCAGCAUCAAUCACAGAUUCAGGUCACAUUGCAGUUCCCGCCGGUAGUGUGCCCGCUACUUACCACCAACACCACCACCAUUGCUGCCACCACCCUGCCCACGCCCGCGCCACGCAUCUUCCAACACCCACUCCGUCCCAGAGACGACAUUCUGUGUCAGCCAUGUGCGUUAGCUCGGCGGGUGGAGGCGGCGGGGCUCCCACCCACCAACGUACCCACUCUCUGCCGCUGUCAGAGCCCCAGUCCCUUCCCCCCUGGGAGACCAGGCGGGGGAGCACGGGCAGGGCCGCCAAGAGAAGUGCCAGCAAAGGCUCGACGGCGACGCGGGACCGCAGCGACAGCAUGCCGUCGCGACCUCGGACCACCAGCGAGGGCCAUCACCCCCUGCCCCUCCCGCACCCGGCCCGCAACGCCCACCUGGCCCCCUGCCCCCGGCCCCACUCCAUGUACUCGCGGGGCAUCUCCUACUCCCCGCCGGUGGGCUCCAGCCCCGUCAGCCCCGCGUCGGGGGCGUGUUCGACCGACUCGGCCGGCUCGUCCCUGUCGAUUGACGAUGGCGACGGCUGGGGCGACGUCGCGCCGGACGGGAGCAAUGCCCUGGGGCGCUACGGCCACUCCCUCACCCCGGACGAGCCCGUCAUCCUGGAGGAAAACUGUGACGAGUGCCUCUCCUGGUCCAAUGCUACAGGUGAAAAAUGCGGGAACUACAUGCCGAUGGAUCGUUCUGUGACGUGUCUGUCCUUGCCCAUCCACCCGAUAACCACAGUCAGCAACAGUGUGCCCGGCUCCGGGCCGCACCGCAAGUUCUCUCCGAACCUCAGCAGUGGGUUCAAGAUCGGCUCGCCAUCACAGAGCUCGUACGUGGAGAUGUACAGCCCAUGCAGUUCCUCUCCGAUGGACCCUCCCGGCGGUUACAUGACGAUGAGCCCAGGUGGUGCUCUUCCUGAUGGUGCCAGGACUUUGACGUACAGCCGCGCGACGAGUUCUGCCAACCACAGUCGUGGUAGCAGCCUGGCUGAAGAGACGCCGGAUGGUUAUGUUCCUAUGGCUCCUGGCGUGAUGGACGAUGGCUACGUGGAUAUGGACCCCAUCCACCCAGGACCAAACAGGCACUUAAAUGAUGACUUUCAUCAUGGUGAGAUGUCACCAGCCAGUAGCUGCUCUAUAACGUCAGGUACUCCUUCAACGGAUCUUCGUUUCUCAGAGUAUCAUCUUGAGAAGGUGAGCUCAUACUUCACGCCAUCGGAAGAAGAUGAAACUUCUUCUCUUGAUAGACCGAUACGUGCAUAUUCUGUCGGCUCCAGACCAGACAUCAAGAAACUGAACAGGUUGGACAUUGGCAAUCAAGUGGAUGCUGCAAGAGUUCGAGCAUUUUCCGUAGGAAGCCGGACUGGAACUGGUAGUAAACUGACGGCAUCUCGGUUGCUUUCUCAUGAUCUGCAUUCUCGCUACCACACUUCCUCUGCGGGCCCCACUCUGACACCCCCAACACACCACCACCACCACCUACAGUCUACACCAACGUCGUACGGCAAGAAGUCGCUGAGCGCACCUUUGCUCUCCAACUCGUGGUCCGGUUCGUCUAACUUCCGGCAUGCACAUACUCACAGCAGCCAUUCAUCCAUCGAGCCCAUGGAUGACCUCAUGGAAAUGGAUUUCAGCCAUCAUCGUGGCACUCGUUCUAACAAAACCUCAAGUUCCUUUUCAAAGACUUCAGUAAAAUCCAAGUUGGAUGCUGCUUUGCCUCCAUCUGGUUCACUUUCAAACCAUGACAGGUCAUUGGUGACUCACAAUGGGUCCUCUGGCAGUAAUGGUGAUACACCACGUUCCUUAUCUAAAUUGUCUACUGCUGCAGGGCCCUACCUAGAAAUGAAACCUAGCCUAAGUGGAGAAUCACACGUUACUCCUUCGGCCGGCAAUAAAUCGACAACGGUUUCCCCUAAAACGUCGGUUUCGUCCGGUCCUUACGAAGAAAUGAAGUGUGGUGUUUCAAUUGGAGAGUUUGUGAUUAACAGACCAGCUAACCAUAACGUGCAAGGCAAUGCAAACAGUGCAUUGAAUGUAUGCCAAGAAGCAGAUGGCUCUUCUCCACUGAGACCAACUCCGGGAACCUCGCCAAAGGCAUCGUUUAUUGGAUCUGAAACCUCCCAGUUGCCUUUCAACUCCCCUAAAAACAUAGUGUGCUCCGGUGCCGGACAUGCUGCCGAGGGGGAAAGUGCCGGACCCUAUCUCGAGAUGAAACCAAGAGGAGAUCCUGGCGGUGCGCACAACCAGUCGUUUGCCACGGUGGUGAAGCAUCUCUCUGCGAGGAAGCCCACGUCGCCCAUCCAGGAGGAGUACAUGGACAUGAGCCUCGGAAGGCAGCCGCUGGAAGAGGAGAACGACGUCAACUGUCCGCUGGGCAGCAGGACGGCUCCGGUGGACACACCUCAAGCUAAAGCGCAGGACACCUCCUGGAGUUCCAGCAAGCCUUCCCCAAAGUCUGCUUUGGAAGGUUUCAGACCCCAAGUAGCCCAUGCUGAGGACGACUACAUGACCGUGAACUAUGACGGUCAUGGUGGGAAGAAGAAGGAAAAGAAAGGAAGCAGGAAAGAUAGACGGGACAGAACACGCUACAGCUCCCAGCCAAUUGCUAUCCAGUCUAGCAAUCUUCCUAAAGAUCCGGUUCUCAAAUCUACUUCAUCCACUAGCCCAAUAUUUUCUCUGUCAAACUUGGUUAAUAUGUCAGGAAGAAAGCAUUCUGCUGGGACUCCUCCAAAAAUACCGCCAGGCUUCUUACCUCUCGAUGGAAGCGGACAUUCUGGUUCAUCACCAGGAAGCAGCCCGUUUUCAUCUCUCAGGAGGACACGCAAUCGAAAACGAAACAGUGGUGGUAGUAGGCGAGAGAGCUCUGACAUCAACAGUGGAGUCACGACACCAACUGGCUCCAAUGUGGCUAUUUUCCCAUUCAGUCUUAACAGUCCUAGUUCGCCGAUGAAGCUGUUUCCGGGAAAAAUGCAGAACGUGGACUCCGGCUUCGAGUCAUCGAGCAAGUGCCCGGUAGACGCAACGAGUGGUACGGUCCGUAUAUCGUAUCCUUACUCUGAGCUUCAGCAGCCGGUGAUAUCUCCGGACUCUGGAGGGAUGACGUCGGAAUCGAGCAGUUCGUCAGAACAGCCAACUCCCGUCAACUUAGCAGCUGGUGCAGACAACGAAUAUGUUAAUUAUUCACCAAAACAACCACCUGGGAGAGAUGAAUAUGACAACUAUACUCUCAUGCAUCCCAUCCCUGCCACUUCAUCAAACAUGGUUAGGAAAAUUUCGGCUCCCCUGCUGGGAAUUUCUCAUGUCCAGCAGGGCUUGUCGAAACUUACGGUGAGCUCACCCUCUCUGGCAGAGGGAAAAGUCGAGAUACCGCGGAAAUCGACACUUGGCUUUCAGCCGAUUACCAAACCACCUGAGCAAACACCACCACCUAAAGUGAUUACCAGUUGCCAUUCACCAUCUGCAUUGUUUCAAGAGGCUGCUCGCUUUGUCAAACCUGUGUCAUCGGACAGAGAGUGUCCCGAGGUGGCUGGAAACAAACCUGAAGUUUCAGCAGACGAAAGGAGUAAGGAAAGCACGGCAUCAAGCGAAAAUUCCACGUUUGGCUCGCGGCCACCUUCUGUGGUGAGCGAGCGAGAGUUGCACUAUGCUUCUUUAGACCUGGCCUCAUCAGGAAGCAAAGACGGAGAGGACGGCUCUUGUAGCCCUCACGGAUUAAAGUCGCAGUCAUCUUUGACGGAGUCGUCCACCUCUUCUUCUAGUCCGAACCCUUCCAGCGCAGGUACCCCCGGUGGCAAGGCCUUCACCUACGCUGAAAUCGAUUUUGUGAAGAGCGAAGACUUGAAGAACCAGGCAAGGAAAACAAAACAUUGAUCGUUCAAGCCCCAACACAGUGAGGGCUGUAAGCUCCACCACUACUUGCCUUCGUAUUUUUUUUUGUAAUGAUUUGGCCUCUUUCAUUCAAUGCUGGCUACUGAGCGAUUUGUGGAAUUUUGAUCAUUUUAGUGAUUCUAAAAAUGACUGAUGUAAAAUUUUGAAUAAUUUUAUGUGUAUUUGUUUUAGAUGUAAAUUUGUUUAUAAGUCUGCUGCAAAAACGUGUGUGUAUAUUAUAAAUACGUACCCCACACAAUGGCCAUAAAUGCUAUUGGUGUAACUUUUUUUAUUUGUGCAACUAAGUAAAUUUUUUACUUCCUCAAAGAGGACUGUUUUUUUUGUCUUACUCAUGUAGGUAUAUAAUGUAUCCCAUCUUCAUCAAAUGAAGCUCAAAGUAUUGCCUGAGGCACAUUUUUGUUACCAUAACUAACUAACUGAUAGUGACUGUAAGCUUCUUAUUCCUACCAGGCAUCCAAGUUUGUUAAAAAUGAUGCAAGCAGCUAGGUGGUAUUUGGAAUAUUAGCGCAUAAGGUCGUGUGUUGAUUCAUUGCUGUGGUUAUGACAUGGUCAUUUUUUUUUGUAAUUAUAGACAGUAUUGAAAAUAUUUUAGUAAUUUCAUUUGUAGCAAACAUGCAGGAUUGAGUUAUCACAGUAAGGAAAUUGUCAAUAACCUAUGUAUUAUCAAUGUGACAAUGUUUCUGUUUUGCCUGUAAAAAUGUAGUUUUUUUUUUUCCAUUGUGCUAUAUUUGGCUAAGAAUGCAGCACACCAUCAUGUCAAAAAAUCUCAUUUAAAAGGUUGUUCUCAGAAUUAUUGUUUAUUUGAAUUUAGAAUAUGUGUUCAAUUUCUGUCAGUGACUUCGGAUAUGUGUCUGAAUAUUUUAUUUUGUGAUUUUCUGUGUAUAAGUUUGGUGAAAAGUAAACAGAAUUUUCCAGCAAUGAUUUUGAAAUAAACCGUUGCAAGUACGUGUAUAUUUCAAGUACCUACAUAGUUUUAACAGAUUUGAGGAAUUUGCUUUUGCACAAGUUAAAAAUUAUGGGAGAAUAGUGUUCACUUAUCAGCUUUGCAAUAUUAGUAAAUGUUUAGUUUGAAGGAAGCAGCUACUGAAUGUUUCACAAGUCAAGUGUUGGAUUUUGGUUUUACUUAUAGCAAUGAGAAUAACUGAAGUGUUUAAAGCUGGUAUUUAAUUUAUCUUUAUGUAUACAAAACAUAUACACUCUGGUAUGUUUAUUCUCUUUUGCUUUUACUAAUUUAAAAUUUGUUUUAUAACACAGCCUGGAGUGAAUUAUGUAUGAUGAUAGUAAUCUGUUUGUCACUUGUUAAAAUGUAUCAACAUGAAGAGUUUAUCUCAUCUCAUUCAUGGUGGGAAAUGACAAGAAGGGUUUGUUGAACAUGAUGAGACCUUGAAGCUGUGUAACAUCCCAGUGAUGGGCAACCUACUUUAAUUUUGGACUCAAUAAAUUAUAGUUCUCGAUACAAAGUAGGAAACAAUUCCCCCAUCCUUCACACCAAUUUUGUAUAAAUAUUUUUCAUUUUAAGCAUUUAUAUUUUUAAUUGAAUGUUAUGAUUUUUUGUUGUUAAGAUUGUGCAAUUUAUUUGAGAAACCAAAACUAAUUUAGCUUAUAGAACAUUUUGUACUUCCCACAUAACUUCUAAAAAUGAAAGAGAAUAGUAAUAUAUUCAUUUGUACUUUUGGAAUAUUCCAAUUUGACAACCUCUACACUUUUAAUUUGGUGUACAAACAGAGGAAUUUAUUUACCAUAGCCAUAUUUACAUGAAGAUAAUUUUACCUGAUAAAAAUGUGAAUUUGAAAUAGUUUUUGUAACUGUAAAGCUUAAUGUUUGUUUUCUGCCAAUAAACCCUUCUUCUGUAUUUUGUCAUGCUUUUUUUACCUAAUUUAUUUGUAUACAAUUGGAAAAAAAUACUGAUUUGUUUACCCCUUAUCAUACAUAAUGAAAAACUCUGGACUUGGGAAUAAAAGGAAGUGACUCAAUUGUCAAAGGUGAAGCGAUACAAACAUUUUUAAAUAGCUUAGCCACACUACAUUCAGAGCAAACCAAAUUUAUAAGUGGUAGUUAUGCUUGCCUUGCCAAUGCUUACUGUUGUACUUGUUCAUAGUUGAAUAAAAAUCCUGUGACUACUGGCAAGGAUGUGUAAAUGCAUUUUUUUUAUAUAGAAAUAUUUAUUAACUUAUUUGAUUUUGAAAUGUUUGGAUUGUUUAAUAUUUUCAUUCUCAUAACACUACUUGGGUGCCAUUUAAACAGGAAACUCAUAGUAACAAAAAUGUUGCAACUAAUACCAGUUUUUAUUAAAUUGUUUUUAAAAUUACUUAUUACCAGUAUUUCAUUGAAAUAUUGAAAAGUAAUUUUCAUGUUAUCUCAUGUUAUUUAAUCAUUUUUGCCGAAACUUUUCCCCUCCAUUUCCUCACCCUCCGCUUUAAUCCUUAUUAAACAUACAAAUUUUCAGUGAAACAUUGUGAAGCAAUACCAAAUUAACUACGCAAAUUAAAAAUUACAACAAAAUUAAAUACCAAAUUAAGUGAUGGUCCAAAUUACACGUUUAAACAUGCUAUCAUUUUGCUAUCUAUAUAUAUUUAUACACACACACGCACACGUGCUAGCCGUAGCGAAUGGUUGUUCAUUUAUGGAGCCAUUUUAUCACGCUGCCCUUUCGGUGCUGUUGAGACUCACAUGAAUGUCUGUGUUUUACUGUUGCAGCUGAUUCUUGACUUGAUUUUUUUUUAGUUCCUACCUGUAACCCUAGCCAAGAUAUGUCUAGCAUCAGGCUGAGCAUGAAUUCUGAAGGUGCUUUGGCUCAAUUUUGGCAGUAUUUCAUACAGUUUAGUUUUGUCUUUUUCGGGAUGCCGUCAACUUAUAAUUUUUUGUAAAAUGCACCAAAUUAGGAUUUUAUUAGGGGAUUAUCCCAUGUGUACAUGGUACCAUAUGACAGAAAGAGGCGUGUAUUUACAACUUAACGUGUUAUUUUGGAUGUGAAUGGAUAAAGAUGUUUUUAUGGGAGGUGAGUGUUUGGUUUAGCACAAAUAUUGAAAUGUGGAAAGAAACAUUCUGCUGCAGAAACUGUGUAGUGCUCUACGCUGGCCUAGUUUGAUUGAUCGUGGUAGCCUGGGUUUGCGGUUGUUGAUGUCCAACAUUAACGGUGGUCCUAGUUUUGGGAGGGGCAGAUUUAACGAAGGGUAUUUGGUGUGGUAUGGAAUUCUUCCCAGUUUAUCUAAAGAGACAGGAUAUUUUUAAAACCAGUGGCUCCCUCGAAGGCUAUUUUAACAUAUUUCUGACAUCAUGAAAACAGAAGUUAAAUUAACAAGUAUCAUCAACAAAAAAUGUAAUAUAUAUAUUGAACCGACUUCAAAGCUUAGAUGCGAGGUGCGAUCUGGAGUAGAUAAUUUUUUAUCACCACCCCGAUCACUCCAGUUUUAGGUAUGGGGUUAUUGGAGGAUGAGGGGAUAGUCCCUCCCAUGAAACAGCAACAGACCAUUAAAUAAUCAAAAAAAAUAUUGAGUUGAUUGCAAAUAACACAUUUCAUAUGAUUAUUUAAUUAUUGUGGAUGAUUUUGUUCUAGAAAUAAUUUGAAGUUGUUUAGGGCCCGUGCAUUAACUAGAAACUGAAAAGGUUUUGGAUCUUCAGCAACUCAGAUGCAUUCUAACUAAGACAUUAAAUGUGAUGUAUAGUUUGGUAAUUGCUAAACAAAUUUUUCAGGUCUUGGCAAAUUAUAAUAUUAGAUAUUUUGUGUCAGCUUUAUUCAUGUAAGCAUUGAAAUAUAAAGUGCUUACAGUGUUGAAGAAUUUUCUAAGUGGGUCCGUUUUUAAUUAAAUUUUGUUGAAAUGUUUUAAAUUAAAUUACUGUUUUAAAAACUUUAUUAUGGCAGCUGCUGUGUGGAUCAGUGUUUUCAAGGAAGUAAAUACUGUAACGUCAGAAUGCAUAAAAUGGUGGUUUUCCUGUGGUACCAGGUCAAUAUAUUGAUAUAAUAUUCUUAAAAUAUGUUAAUGUAUAUAUUUAAUUGUGUUUCAUUUUUUUAUGGUAAGUACUUUUAAUUUUCUUAUCAUGUCACUAUUAUGAUUUUUCAAUACAUAUAAUAUGUAGAUAUUUAAUUUAUAAUGUAUUUUGUGUUAUAAAAUUUAAAAAAAUGAAACAUAAAACAUAAUAAUUCUGGUGCCCGUAGGGCAAGAGUGCCGCACUCACUCAC